AUGGGUCGAGAAAUUGAGCCAUUCCUGAAGUUUUACUCACAGGAAUUGAUGCGUGGAAUCAGCGUGCUCUUCCAAAACUGCCCAUCGCUACUAGGACCGGCAUUCGUGAGGCUGUUCGUGCUGGAGCACCCGUUUGAGCCAUCUCUGGGGUCCCCCUUCUGGAAGCUGGCGGAAACCACGACACGGAGAUGUACUGUUCUCCUGGUUGUUGCUCCGCUGAGACAUGACGGGAAAUCAUGA